AUGUCUGUGUCCAGCAUGCUGUUGCUGGCUGGCCUGGUGCUGCUCCUGCUGCUGCUGGUCUGGAGGAGGAGGGGACCACAGGGGCUUCUGCUGCCCCCAGGCCCCACUGGACUGCCCCUGCUGGGAAACCUGCCCCAAGUGAACAAGAGAGCGCCUUUUGAGACCUUCUUGAAGCAAUACGGCCCGGUCAUGACUGUGCAUCUGGGACCCUGGUGCAUUGUGGUUCUGAGCGGGUACAAAGCGGUGAAAGAGGCGCUGGUGGACCAGGCAGAUGAGUUCACAGAUAGACCGCCAGUGCCGUUCUUUGACAGAGUGCAAAGGGGAUAUGGUCUGGCAAUCAGUAACGGUGAGCGCUGGCGCCAGCUGAGACGCUUCACACUGAGCACGCUCAGAGACUUUGGGAUGGGCCGCAAGAGGAUGGAGCAGUGGACUCAGGAGGAGAGCCGACACCUGCUGGAGAGCCUGAGAGAAACCAAGUCGACUCCGUUCAACCCAACAUUCUUCUUGAGCCGCGCCACGGCUAACGUGAUCUGUGCGCUUGUGUUCGGGGAGCGCUUCAGCUACGACGAUGUCAACUUCCUGCGUCUACUGCAAAUUAUGCAGGCCGAACGACGCCUUGAGAGCAGUCCCUGGGGGCAGCUGUACAACUUCUUUCCCAAGCUGAUGGAUCACCUCCCUGGGCCCCAUCACACGGUCUUCAACCAGUUGGAGGAGCUUAAAGCCUUUAUUACUGAGAAGAUCAACCAGCAUGAGGAGACUCUGAACCCAGACAACCCUCGAGACUACAUCGACUGUUUCCUCAUCCGAAUCAACCAGGAGAAGGACCUGGCUGAAUCUGAAUUUAUCUAUGAAAACAUGACAGCUACAGUCCUGGAUCUCUUCAUGGCUGGAACAGAUUCCACCAGCUCCACCAUCCGAUACGCCUUCAUGUUGCUUAUAAAGCACCCAGAUAUUCAAGAGCACAUGCAGAAGGAGAUUGAGUCAGUGCUUGGCCAACACAGAGCUCCACAAAUGGAGGACAGGAAGUCCCUCCCGUACACCGACGCUGUCAUCCAUGAAGUUCAGCGCUACAUGGACUUUGCACCCCUCGGUGUCCCCCACUAUGCCACCAAGAACAUCUCAUUCAGAGACUACAUCAUUCCCAAGGGCACAAUGAUCAUUCCCAUGCUGCACUCUGUGCUCCGUGAUGAGGACCAAUGGGAGAACGCCUGGGCCUUUAAUCCUGUGAACUUCCUGGACCUAAAUGGCAACUUUAAGAAGAACCCAGCCUUCCUUCCCUUCUCUGCAGGUAAGCGUUCGUGUGUGGGAGAGUCACUAGCGCGGAUGGAGCUCCUGCUCUUCCUGGUGUCCAUAGUGCAGCAUUUCCACCUCAGCACCCCUGGAGGACCGUCCAGUCUGGACAUAAAGCCUGAGUUCAGCAGCUUUGUCAAAGUCCCUGCUCAGUACCAGCUCGUUGUCACCCCCCGCUGAUUGACAUUGGUACUGCAUGUCUAAAAGAAAAUUUCAGUGAUCUCCACUGAAACUGAGCUUUUUUAGUGUAAGACUAAGCCUAAUCUACAUACAGGAAACUGGCCCAUAAUCUAACCCCUAACAUGUCACCACACUAUAACGAACUCUAGAAAUACAUAGGAUUUAUAUUUAACAAACAUUGCAUAAUGCUUAGGCCUACAUCUGACUCAUACACUGAAAUACUAUAAUGACAUUAUAUUAAAGGACAUCAGUUGGAUUUGUUGUUCUGGCUCCUGUGCAUGUUGUGUUUUUAUGCAUUUGAUGACAAUUUAUAAGUCCCAGUCAUGUAAAGAUAUACUCUGUACAUAAUGGUACACAUGGUAUGUUGAGUGCAUAGAAA